AUGACCCCUCACUUUGCUGCCACUGCCAUUCUCUGCCUCCCACAAGCCUUGGCUGCAGGGCUGGGGUCCUGCUCUCGCUCUCCAGGCGCCAUCGACCGAUCCUCUUCAACCCUGGCCGCUUGCUCUCCCUGCCCUUCCUUCUCCUCUUCUGCUGACACCAUCCGUGCAGGUCCUGCUUUUGCCCCUACUGCCUCUGUCAUCACCCUGAGUGCUCGCAUCAACGGCAUUGACUCCCGCAUCAGCAGACUGGAGGGCACCAUCCACUCAAGCUUCGCCACCAUCCUCACCCGUAUUGCCUCCCUGCAGUCCUCCAGCGCUCCAGCCACUGAGGUCAUCUCCCAGGUCGCAAACGACACCUUGAAGCCGGAACGCCUCAUUUUACUCUGCAACCCUGAGUAUCGCAUUUCUAAAGAGACACCUGCUCAGGCUGGUCUUGUCUUCGCGGACAGCCAAGUCAGGAUCGCCGAGGAGUCUUCUGAGCAGCGCAGCUCCAGCUUUGCUAAAGCGAUCCCCAACAUUCGAGCGCUGGCCCAGGUCUGGCUCGUCUACACUGCCAUCCAGGGCCACACCCUCUUGACCAACAUCAGGACCCCAACUGCACCUUCCUCUGGCCCUCCUGGCUCCAAGCUUGGCGCGAAGUCAUCUCGACCCGGCCGCACCACCACCAACCCUCCUCCUGUUGAGAUCUGCAUGCAUGACUUUCCUCACCGACCUGUGGCUCGCACUGCCCUCCACCAUGCCUCCCUGGUGGACAGAGCAAUGUCUCCUGCCACCACUGGCCCUGGCCCAGCGGCUACAUUGCUACCCGCCCCCUCUUCUCCCGGCUCCUGCCUGGUGGACCCGUUGCAUUCUGCCUCCUCUCCUUCCAACCCCGGCUUGGUAGACAUGUUGUUGCCUGCCUCCCUUUCUACUGGCCCUGGCCUGGCAAACAUGUUGUUGGUUGCCCCCUCCUCUUCUGGCUCUGGCCUGGUGGCCCUGCUGUGGCCCACCUCCUCUUCCUUUGGCUCUGGCCUCGUGGGUAGUGAGUCUCCUGCCACACCUCUAGGCUCUGGCCUGGGGGAUCAGCGGUUUUCCACCUCCCUCCCCAGCACUUCCUGUCCUCCUUCCACAUGCAGCACUGUGCUUGCCCCCUCCUUGGAAUUCUUUGCACCUCAGGGCAUUGCCAACAUGUCAUCUGACUUGGCUUCCACCCUCCUCGUUUCCCUGCUCACAGGCCCGGCCCCGCCAGCUCGCCCUAACACCACCUGUGAGCUUCCCAUAUUUGACUAUUCUGACACUCCUGCCACCGUUGGCUCUCUCAAGCUCGAAUGCUGGGCCCCCUUCCUCAACCUUUACCCAGAUCAAGGAUUUGCUGACCAGCUGUGGGGUGCCCUCUCCCAUGGCACGCUGCUUGGCUAUUCUGGCCCCCUCCACGACCAUGCGAGGCUAGUGGGUUCUAACCUGCCUAUGGACCUGGAGGACACACUUCACUUGCAUCGUGAAAUCGCAUCACGGGUGCUUGAGGGCCACCUCCAACUGGUUGAUGAUCCAGGUGCUGCUCGUUUGGUCUGCUCCCCAGUGGGAGUCGUUCCAAAGCCCCAUAGCGACAAAUGCCACACCAUAUACCACCUUUCCCACCCCCGCCAGCCGGGCAUGCGCUUGCCAUCUGUCAAUGAUGGCAUCCAUCCCUCCUUCGUCAGCAUUCGUUACGAGACCCUCGACACCAUCAUUGACUUUGUUCGCGAUCACCAAGGUGCCUCUCUCUGGAAGGCCGACCUCGAAGAUGCCUUUCGACACAUCAUCAUAGCAGAGAAUGAUGCUAGGCUCUUGGGUUUCCAUUUUGAUGGCCGGUACUACCAAGAAUGUGCCCUUGCUUUCGGUGGCCGCUCCUCACCAUUCCUCUUCAACCUCUUCGCCAAGUUUCUGCACUGGGUAACGUCCUUUGCCCUGCAAUCAGCCUCGCCUUCUCCCACCUCACACUCAGAGGUUUCUCACUAUCUUGACAAUUUUUUUGGGGCUUCCGACCCCACCUCCAAUGCAUCCACCCCGAUUCAGGCCCUCAGCAUCGUGGCAGCUGUGCUGGGUUUCCGCCUCAGUCAUAAAAAGACAGUGUGGAGCACCACUCACCUCGAGAUUUUGGGUAUCGAGCUUGACUCUGUUGCUCAGAUGGCCUCCAUCACCGACCAACACCACCAGCAUAUCCUCGGGCUCUGUCAACGAAUCAUUGAUCAGGGAUGGGCCUCCCUGCUUGAACUCCAGCAGAUCACAGGUCAUUUGCAAUUUGUCACAAGGGUGGCUCCUCACGGCCGCGCCUUCCUUCGCCGCAUCUAUGAUGCAGUCACAUCACAUCGCAGGGCUCCCUUUGGUCGCCGCAUCAGCAGAGCCACUCGUGAUGAACUGAUCUGGUGGACCUCCAUGCUGUCCGCGUGGGAUGGCAUGUCCCUUCUCCAGCCUUCACCCCUCAUCAUUGAGCAUGUGUGGACAGAUGCCUCAAAAUGCUCCAUCGGCAGUCACUGCGGUCACAUGGAGCACCCCACCGCUGUUUUCUCCUGGGAGUUGUCUCGGUGCCAUUGCCAAAAGGACAUUCGCUUUCUGGAAGCCUUGGCGGUGCUCGAGGCACUUCGGCUGUUCUCACCAGCCUGGCCUGGACCUCGUCGGGUAAUCCUCUAUGUUGACAAUGAGAAUGUUGAACAUGGCCUCCAAAAAGGUUCCAUUCGCAACCCCAUGACCCAGGUCCUCUUCAGAGAGAUAUUUGCCUUGUGCCUGCAGCGGCACAUCAACCUCCAGGUAACCAGUGUUCGCUCAGCAGCUAACACCCUCGCUGAUGCUCUCUCCCGCCGCCGCUUUGUUCUCAUUCAACAGGAGUAUCCUCGAGCCUUCUCCCUCCUUCAGUUCAACAGCAGGGCAACACCACCAAGCCCCCCUGCAGCUUUGUUAUCACCACCAAGCUAUCUGAACAAGCGGCCUUCCUCCUCUGGAAUGGCCUUGCACCCACUACUCGCUCCCGCUCCACCAAGCUCUGCUUGGAUUUCGCCACCCUUGCUUCCACCCUGUUUCACACCACACAACCCUUCCCAGCGACAGCCCCAGCUCUCAUCGAAUGGGUGGCGCACUACCACCGGCAUGCAAGGACAUAUCAAGCAGUCCAGCGCAGUAUCGCAGUACUCAGGUCCUGGCACGUCGACCUUGGCCUCUCCACCUUGGCCUUCAGCUCCGACCGCCUCGCCAGGGCCAUCCGAGGCUUCAGGUGUUCCACUGGCGACCCAGCUCCAACCGCCAAGCUGCCUAUUACGCUCCCUCUCCUCCACCGACUUGUCGACUCCCUGCCCUCUGUCUGCCCAUCCAAGCAUAACCGCCGCAUGUUUCAUGUGGCCUUCUGCCUGGCCUUUGCCUGCCUCCUCCGCUCUGGCGAGUUUACUUGGGAAACAUCAUCUUCCCCACCCCUCCUCACCAUUGGCUCAGUUGCAUUUGCUGAGGAUGGGUCCUAUGCCAUGA